CGAUUCAUCAACUCGAACACACCAAGCACAAAUGGGAGCUACGAUCCAGAACGUCCUUGCCUCGUUCAUCAUCGGCCAUUUCUUUUCGGCGUUUGCCUACGAGCACGUGUGGUGGCCCUAUCUUACCGCCGACGCCUCGAUCCUCAAGUCCAAGGUCACGGCGGCAGACCGCUCCUAUGCCGUAAACUUCUACAAGGGCCAGAUCAACAACCCGCGCUUCAACCAGUAUGCUCUCUGGGCUGCCUUUGGCUUGCUGGUGCUGUCCCUUGGAGGCGCUGCCGUCCGCGACAGCCGCCGUCGCCUCUACCAUGCCACAGGAUUUGUCCUGUCGGCUCUCUCGGGUCUGGUGUUCCAGUUCAAGGUCCUGGCGCUCAAGUCGAGCUUGUUCAAGCUGAAGCACCAGCGCGAGGCCGAGACCCUCCGAGACAUUGCCCUCUGGAGCGCCGUCUCUGCCCUCGCCAUCUUUGCGACUCUGCUGGCCACGCUCAGCGCUGCCGAAGCCGAAGAAGCCGAAGAGAUCGUCAUUGUCGAGAAGAGAAAGCCCGCCGACAAGUCCAACAAGGCUGAGUAGCGACGGACAUUUCAGGGUUUGGAAGGGCUGGAUGGCCCGAUGGGCAAGAUGAUGGCGGUGAUGGCAGCAGAGUGCCUGGGUAUCGUGGAAUGUGCGGUCCAAAGUGCAUGGGUCAUCCAGGAGGUGACUGGCGGAUGCUGCGAGCCCCGAUCAACCACCGUCCUCGCCGACGCUGGGCGAGCUCGGGACAAUACAGUCGACAGUUUGCACAUCGCA